GGCGAGCGUAGGAAGGCGAAGGAUAAGUUGUCAAUAUUAACACCAGUCUGAAUGAAAGCCUUUUUUAUGUGCUUUAACGUGGAUGUCGGAUCCCACUGUUCUCCCAGAGCUUUAUUUAUUGAGGAGAGUUAAAUGCCAGACACAAUGUGGCAUGAGGCGAGAAAGCAGGAACGAAAGAUCAGGGGGAUGCUGGUGGACUAUAAACGUCGAGCAGAGAGAAGACGAGAAUAUUAUGAAAAAAUUAAACAAGAUCCUACUCAGUUCAUCCAGAUCCAUGGCCGACCUGUCAAAAUCCACCUCGACCCUGCAGUUGCAUAUGCAGCAGAAGCGCCUGGGAGCAUGAUGCCAUGGAGAGGAGACUCUGACUCCAUGAUUGAUCGCUUCGAUGUGCGAGCCCAUUUGGACACCUUGCCUGCAGUGUCUACAGGAUCCCCAAAGCUCACCCCAGAGGAGGACUGGGAGGAACGGCAGGCAAACUAUGAGCGCUACCGCAUUCUCAUUCAAAAUGACUUCUUGGCCAUUCGAGAAGAGAAGUUCUUACACCAGAUUCGCCUGGAGGAACAGUUUGGUCCAAUUGUCAACAAAUCAAUUGAAGAAGAGAAGAAGGCCUUAGCCCCCAAGAAGGCAGCCAUUGCUUUCACCUACACAGAGGAUGCUGAGCCAGAGGAGGAAGAGAGGCCUAGCUCCACCAAUGUAGAUGCUGCAAUGGCGGACGCAGAGGAAGCCAUUGCAGAAGGGAGUGAGGAGGACAGUGACAGUGACAUCGAUCUUGAUCUGACAGUGGAUGUCAUGUCACUGUCAAAUACCCAGCAACAGGAAAUGAACCUGUCUGGAGUAGAAUAUGGGCUUAAUCCAGAGGACUUCAUGUCACUGAUCAGCCGUGACCUGCAGGAGGCAGAGGAACUCAGGGUGGCAAAAGAACACGAAGAUGAGAAGGCCAUGUAUUCGGGCAGAAAGUCUCGAAAGGAGAGGCGUGCCCUGAAAAAGAAACACAUGGACAGGAAAUUCAGUCCACCAAGUUAUGCUGCCCGUGCAAGCCCAACCUAUGCACCAUACAGGCGUUCCUCCUCCCGCUCCAAAUCCCGAUCAGCCACACCCCCUGCUGCUGGCACCAUAAAGUUCAUCACGAGCUUUGGGGGGGAUUCAGAAGGGGCAGGCUCAGAUGACGAGGGGGUCACUGGUGUUAUCAUUCUGCCCAAGGGAGAGCGGUCAAACAGGGACCGCAGAAAGAACCGCUGGGAUCAAAAGUCUCGGGAGAGUGGGGCAUCAGGCCAUCAUGCAAGCGGCGCAGGGAGCGGGGGCAGCCAUCAUGCAGCCGGCACCAGCCACUCCUCCUCCUCCUCCUCCUCAAAGAAACGGCGCCACUCACCUCGCAGCCGGUCACGAUCUCGGAGCAGCUCCUGCAACCAGUCACGACGACGUCACAGGUCUCGUCACUCAAGUUCUCGAUCCCGUCACUCAAGGUCAAGGUCUCGCACAAGAAGGUCCAGGCACACGCGCUCAGACAGUAGAUCAAGGUCAAGAUCAAGAUCAAGAGAUAGGCAUUCAAGUUGGAGGAAAAAUCGGUCUUCACAUAAACGCUCUUAUAGCCGGUCAAAGUCCCGUUCUAGGUCAAAGAGCACGUGUAAACCAAGUCCAUCUCCCCCUCCUCCCAAAGUAACUGAAACCACUGUACCUGUUGCACCAGUUCAAAAAGCAGUACUUGGGGGUUCUCCCUCCCCUCCUGCCAAGAUGCCUUCCCCCCCUCGCCGCCGUUACUAUGGGCGCAGGGGCCAGGACAGUGGCUCUGAAUCUCCCUCAGAGUCUGAGUCAGAGGACAUUUCAAGUAGCAGUAACAAUACAGCACAGUUGGCAGCUCCAUCUUCAGUGAAAAAUAACAGUUUGGUGCCCUCUACAUCUGUGGGUAAUGGGUCCUCUGCCGCCAAAGUGGGGGCCAAGUUGACACCACAAGAGAGACUGAAAAAGAAAAUGCAAGCUCUCUUAAAGAAGCAGUUCAAGGCGGAUAAGCGGAUAGAGCGAGAACGUGCAGAGAAAGCUGAACAGGAACGUCUAGACAGAGAAGAGGAGCUCCGAGAAAUGGCUAUUAGAUUGAGGCGGAGAGAGCGGGAGAAGCGCCACCGCCUCCAAGGAGAUGAUUCGAGUUCAGAUGGAUCGAGGUCACGCUCUGGAUCAGGUUCCAGGUCAGGGUCGCGGUCUAGAUCAAGAUCCAAAUCCAGGCAGAGAUCACGGUCACGGCAAAGAUCAAGAUCACGGCAUAGAUCAAAAUCACGGCAGAGGUCAAGGUCUCGACACAGGUCAAACUCCCGCUCAAAAUCCCCAGUGCAUUCGAAGCAGAUGCCAUCAGGAAGGUGGGCCAGUAUGGAGGCAGGAAGGGGGAGAGACCGCAACUCAGGCCCUGAUUGGGGUCGGGAUACUCAGAACAGGCCUUGGGAUUCUUCCAACUCCUCCUCACAAUGGGGGUCCCAGCCUCCCUCAGAUCGAUAUCGGGAGACUUAUAGGAGAAGAUCUAGAAGUCCUGCAGGUCGCUGGGAAAGAGACCGAGACAGAGACAGAGAUAGAGAUAGAGACAGAGAAAGAGACAGAGACAGAGACCGUGAGAGGGAGCACCAUGGAGGCAACAAACACAGCCGCAGUAGGAGUCGCGGAAGGGAUUACAAUAGUGGCAAUGGAACCCCAGGAGGAGGGGGAUUCAGGAGGAAAGGCUUCCGAGACCAUGACCGGGACCGUGAUUGGGACAGGCAAGAUAGGGAUUACCACCGCAACGAAAACUUUAGAGAUUACAAUCAUGGUUAUGCACGUGACUACCAGCAUAAGAGCUAUAAUCACAGAGAUAAUCAACAGCGUGACAAUCAACACAGAGAUUACCACCAGCAGCAGUACCAACAUCGGGACUACAACCAGCACACAAACAGACGGCAACAGUCCAAGCAGAAUGAAAGUCAGGACGAGGAUAGAGAAGCUGGAGGAAGAAUUGGCAGAAUCAGAUUAGUAGAUUAUUGAUGAACAAUCUCUGGGCUUUUGUAAGCUGAAGAGUCUAUAUUGAACACACAAGGACCAGGAAAAAUUACAUAGGUAUCAACAUACCUGUGAGUCUUCCCCACCCCAAACCAACCCAUUUCCCCCUCCCUCCCCUUUCCUCACAAAAAAAUGAAAAAGGAAAGAAAACACAAAUAUAUGCAUGUAUGUUUGUGACCUUGCUACCGGCGGAAUUUGUAUUUUUGUAUUAUUUCUGUAAUGAAUAAGAAAUGUUCAAUAAAAUGAAAUAGAAUUAUACGUUUGUAUGGUGAUAAAAUACUCGUCUUGUGACAUUGCUUACCCCAGUUGCUUCAGUGGAGAAAGUAAGUUUAUAGCAGAAAUUGAGCAGGUGUGAGUUUUGUAGCAUGAUUUUCUCAUCAAAGUACAUUCUGUGGAGUAAACUGAGCCUGUUCAAGAUGUGAUGUGACUAUGUUUCUGUGCAUAUGUUGUUGAGAAUAUGGAAUCACUGUAUUCUGAUAGGAAUUUGCUAGUGUUUUGUUAAAUGCACAUAUUCCUGUGUUUUCUGUUUUACUUGUGAUUUUAGUAAGCCAUGCAGUCUAAACAAUAUUAUCUAUUUUUAUUGCACAUGUAACUCCAAUGCUUUGCCAAGUAUUUGUAAAAGAAAACUUUCUACAUUGUUUCAUUUUAAUUAUGUGUGAAGCCUUCCAGUGAGUUAAGGAAGAACAGUUAGUUAUUCUGUAUAUGUAUGUAAAUACUUGUAGUAUAAUGUGUAUUAUAAUUGAUGGAUUCUGUAUGUAUAUAUAUCAUUUCACCAGCCAUGAUAAACACUCCAGCUGAUGGAAAUGAUAAGUGUGACUUUUUGAAAUCUGUCUUGUAAUUAUACUGUCUGUUCUUAGGGUAACUGUUUUGAAUCUAUAAGUUUUGUCAUUGAUUUAGCUAUGUUUGUGCCUGAUAAUAAAGUAUAUUUACUAAAUGCAUUACCAAAUCUAAGGUCAUUUUUUAUCAGUAUUAUUGUUGAUAAUAAUUUGAUAUUUUCCUCAUUAUUAGUACAAUUUUAUUUAUUUUUUUAUUGAUGAAGAAUGAACUAUGAAUAAUUGUUAGCAUUGUGGUUGAUAUUAUUAUUGUUGUUAUUUUUAUUAGUUCUCAUCAUUAAUGCAAAUUAUAGUUUGUUUGUUUUUCCAAAAUAUAACCUGUAGUGAAGUUUGACAGAAGCAGUGGAAGAAUGGUUUACUGAAACUAUGAAGAGCUUGGGUUUCUCAUUUUUUCUUCGCCCAUUUACAUCAACAGUUCAUAGUCCGUGUGUUGUUUAGUUCCGUUCCUUCAUUUUAUCCUGUAGUUUUGGUCACAGAGAGAGAGAACCAUGAUUCGAAUGAAAUUACCCUUCUCUCCUUUUUAAAGUAAUUGAUAGUAUUCCCCAUCCCCACUAUCAUUUGGUUGUGAAAACUCAAAUGUUGUUUGAAAGUGUGGACUUGUAUAGUGUGAUGUAGAUAGCCCUCAAGAAGUAUUCGAUGUUGAUGUUACGGCAGUCCCUGUAGAGAUUUCCUAUGCAGCACGAUGGAUCAUCCCUUGCAAAGUUUCCCUGCUAUCCUUUUGAACUUUUUUUUUUUUUUUUUUUUCCCUUUUUCUCCUCUUUUUAUACUCCUUGUUCCUUCUAUCAGAUUUUUUUAUGCUGAUAAAAAAAAAAAGUCCAGAUAAGUUAGCUUGUUUGGCUGUUGCAGCUGUUUUCAUGUCGUGUAUAUUUUUCCUAUGCAUAUGUUGCGUGUCUAUUGUCGUUUUCUAUUAUUUUUCGAAAGUGGAUUGAUGGCAGCAGCUAUUUUGAUAUUUAUUAAACUGUUUUACUAUUUUUGGCAACCAUUUUGGUAGGAGGAGAAUCAUUGUAGCAGAGGCAAAGCACAGGUGUUCAGAAACAUGUCAUUCUCAUGGGAAAGAGAAUAAUUAGAAAUAAUCAGAAAAUGUCACAUGAGAUUCUAUACAAAGUUUUAUUUUUUGUAUUUUUUUCUUUUUCCUAUGAUUUUCCAUUGAAAUAUGAGAGACCUUAAAUUAUCCAAGAUUUGUUAUGUAUGUUCUGGCAGUUGUCAACAAGGGAGUUUUUUAGGUUGACAAAGAAUAAAUAAAGUUGAGCAUGUA